AUGGAGUACUGGUACGCCGAAGAGAUCAAGCCCGAGACCAUCCGCACUCCUCCACCUGAUGAUCAGCCCGUCGUCGCGAACCCGAAGAAAUCACAAGGCCAUAGCCUGAACGACUCCUACCUCCAGGAGGGAAGACAGCGAUCUGAAGAGAAGCUUCUGACGGCGGCUGGUGCAGGCAAGGAUGGUGCUACUGCUGCUGGUGCUAGUGCUGGUGCUGGUGUCAAGACGGAGGAGGGAGGAACCCAGCCAGAGCCAGAGCCAAAGACGGAGGAUGAGAGCCAAGCACAAGCAAAAAAGGCGAAGAAGGGUCUCUGCGGCUGCGAUCUCAUGUGA